GCGCAGCCCGCCGGACCCGCCGCCGCACAUGGCGCCUGCCGCCCUCUGGGCCGCGCUGGCCGUCGGACUGCAGCUCUGGGCGGCGGGGCACGCCGUGCCCGCCCAGGUUGCCGUGAUGCCCUAUGCCCUGGAACCUGGGGACACGUGCCGGCAGAACGAGUACUACCAAGAGACGGCUCAGGUCUGCUGCAGCAAGUGUCAGCCUGGCCACCAUGUGAAAAACUUGUGCACCAAGACCUCCGACACCGUGUGUGUCCCCUGCGAGGACAGCACGUUCACCCAGGUCUGGAACGUGGUCGACAAGUGCAUAAGCUGCCGGUCCCCCUGCGAGUCUGGUCAGGUGGAGACCCAAGCCUGCACGCAGAUGCGGAACCGCGUGUGUGCCUGCGGGCCGGGCUCGUACUGCGUGCUGAAGCGUCAGGACAGCUGCGGGCUCUGCCUGGCCAUGCGCAGGUGCCCGCCCGGCUACGGCGUGUCCAGACCAGGAACUGCAACCUCAGAUGUGAGGUGUGACCCUUGUCCCCGAGGGACGUUCUCCAACACGACUUCAUCCACAGACGUCUGCCGGCCCCACCGCAUCUGUGACUCGGUGGCCGUCCCCGGCACCGCAAGCACAGAUGCCGUCUGCACAUCUGAAUCUCCCAGCCUGAGAGUGACCCCGGGGACAGCCCGCACACGCCAGCCGGUGUCUACAAGAUCCCAGUCCAUGGAGCCCACACCAGGGCCCAGCACGGCUCCGUCCACCUCCCUCCUGCUGCCCGUGCAGAAUGCGAGCAUCUCUCUCCCAGUCGGACUAAUUGUGGGGCUGACAGCCCUGGGCCUGCUGAUGAUAGGACUGGUGAACUGUGUCAUCGUCACCCAGAAGAAAAAGAAACCCUCCUGCCUACAGAGAGGAGCCAAGGUGCCUCACCUGCCUGCGGAUAAGGGCCAGGACGCGCCCGGGCUGGAGCAGCAGCACCUGCUGACCGCGGCGCCCAGCUCCAGCAGCAGCUCCCUGGAGAGCUCGGCCAGCGCCGCAGACAGGGGCGCACCCAGCAGGCACCAGCCGCAGAUGCCCGGCACUGAGAAGGCCCGGGAGUCCCGGGAGGCCCCGGCCAGCUCUGGGAGCUCGGAGUCCUCCCCUGGUGGCCACGGGACCCAGGUCAACGUCACCUGCAUUGUGAAUGUCUGCAGCAGCUCCGACCAUGGCUUACAGUGUUCCUCUCAAGCCAGCGCCACGAUGGGGGACCCAGACACCAGCCCCUCGAGCUCCACGAAGGACGAGCAGGUCCCCUUCUCCAGGGAAGAACGCCCCUUUCAGUCCCGGCUGGAGACCCCAGAGACUCUGCUGCAGAGCUCGGAGAAGCCCCUGCCCCUUGGCGUGCCUGAUGCCGGCAUGAAGCCCAGUUAACCAGGCUGGCGUGGGCCAUGUCACUGCCAGAGUGGUCUGGCCCCUGCUGAGGGACCCUGGUCCUUAUAGACCCCACCCCCAGACUCUGUGGCUCUUUCUGGGCCAAAUUCCUUGAGUGACAUCCAGAGCCCUGGCCUUGCCCUCCUUGCAGGCCGAGGGAGGGGAGCAGCCAGCAUGGUGGGACCCUCUGCCAUUGUACUGUGUGCCCUUCUCAGAGGGCCCGCCGGGCACAGACCGAGGGGAGCCUGGGACAAGCCCUUGCCCCUCUGGGACCUGCCACCAGCUGGACCUGGGAGCUUGGCUACUGGAGCCCCUGUGGGAUUGGUUUGGCUUGGUUUUCUGCUAACUCUGACUUUCUGGAGACCCCAGCACCCUCCCCUUCUCAGGAGCUUGCUGGGGAAGAGGGGUGCGGCGGGAACCAUCCACGGAGAAAGGACACUUCACCCUGAAUGCCGAGGCCACAGGAUGGUCCCAGCAAGGGAGGCUGUGAUCAGAGGGUUCUGUGUAGAGAGGAGGCCACAGCCCAGGAGGGGACGGGAUUCCCUCAGGUUAGCUCCAGACUCCUGGAAAGUACCAUUCUGUACCUGGAUGUGAACAUUAGGUGCCCAGGGCCCCAGCAGGCAGCUCCCCCUGCUGCAUCCUGGGCAAGAUGACAGAGCUUGCGUGGGUUGUGCUCAGCGGCGGACGCAGGCUUAGCAUGUCGAGGCGCCAGGUUCCAGCCCGGCUGCAUCCGCAUCGCAGGUACCGUGCGAACCAGACAGAAAGCCCCGGGGUCUCGCGUGCCUCUGUAUCCUCCAUCUUUGACUCAACGUCCCUGGGGUCCUGCCCUCCCCUCUCGGGGUCUGGUGAGCCAUGCCAAGGCCACUCCUCCUGUCAGGGAACUUCAGGAACUGGAAGGUCCAAGGCCCCGCAGCCAUCUCUCUCCUACCUCAGCCUGGACCUUCCUUCAGCGUCCGGAGGGGUGUGCUCCCCCACCCCCUGGCCCAGGGGGGCUGCCGAGCCACCUUGGUACUGUGCCCACUGAGAUCCCCCAUGCACAUGAGGAGCUGAGAGCCAGUCCUGUCUGUCCUGUGUCGUGGGUCUGCGUGGCCGGAGACGUCGUGUUGAAUUGCCCAUCCCCGAGCAGCUGAGGCCGAUGAUUUUUUUGCCAAGGACUUCUUCACCAUUAGAGGGUCAGCCCGCUCUUGGGCCCUGCAGAGCGUGUCCAGGAAAGGCCGUGGCCAGAUUCUAGAAGGAAGGGGUUGAGAGGCCAGAUCAGCUCAGGUACUUGGAUCUCUUGUGUAUAAAUUCUGCUGGAUUUGAACUUGGCAGCUGAGCUGUGGGAGGGUAGGAGAGCCCAGAUGUCACCAUGGAAACAAGAAGGGCUUCCCACUCUGAGUCAAGAUGUCCCACUGCCUGGACAGCCGGGUCUGUGCCCUCAGCCCACCCAUCGCUGCGGUACAGCAUGUGUGCCCCCUGGUGGGCAGACCUGGGAGGAUCUCGGGCUUCCUUGGCGUUGCCCUGCAGAGCAGGGGAGCCAGAGUUGGAAGGACUCUUUCUGGAUGUGACCUCUGUCUCCCCACUUGUGCCAACUCAUCCCGAGAGAGUGAAAGUUUGCACUGUGUGCCCGAUAGUGUUGCCGCUUGCAAAUAAACUUCUUGUUUUACACAUUGA